CGCCAUCAGUGCAAGUCAGCAGAGCUGUCUGUUCUCACUCGCAUUUUUGCACAUCGAGCCGUUUCGUAUUUUUCUUUUAUAGCCGACGUUUUGCGAUUAAAAAAUCACAACGUUGACGCGUUAGCGAUGUCCAAAUCGAGUAGCGGAAGCCACUCGGAGCGUAAUCUCGACCUGGCGAAUGCCGAUCGAGGAGUUUGGCUCGUCAAAGUUCCAAAGUACAUAGCCGAUAGAUGGGAAAGGGCACCCGGCAGCAUCGAAGUUGCCAAGCUCAAAAUUUCAAAACAUUAUAAACAGAAAGCUGAAGUAUCGCUCAAACUUUCUGAAGCUGCUUUAGCUUUGAAAGAGCCUGAUGAACAUGAUAUUCCCAAGGAGCAUAAACUUGAUGUUACUACAGUUGAACGCCAAACAAUUGGAGUUUUUGCACAAUUGAAUUCAUCAGAAGCUGAAGUAGCUGGAAACAAAAUAUAUAUGGAAGGCAAAAUUGUUCAAAAAUUGGAAUGUAGACCAUAUGCGGAUAAAACGUACAUGCGUCUCAAAAUGGAAGGUAUAAGGAAGGCCUCAAUUCCUAAAAGACAAGCUCAACAAUUGUCGAGAGCUGUCCAGAAUUUCAAACCUGUAUCGGAUCAUAAACACAAUAUUGAGUAUGCUGAUAAGAAAAAGUCAGAAGGAAAGAAAAUGCGUGAUGACAAAGAUUUUGUUUUGUCUAAACUAUUUAAAGCUUUUGAAAAACAUCAGUACUACAAUAUUAAGGACUUGGUUAAAUUAACAAACCAACCAGUGGUAUAUUUAAAAGAAAUUCUAAACGAAGUUUGCAACUACAAUUUAAAAAACCCUCACAGAAAUAUGUGGGAACUCAAACCAGAAUACAGGCAUUAUGCAGCUGAUUAAUCUAAGUAGGAAACAUAAAUACUUUAAAAGUGUAAAUAUGUUUAAGUAGUAAUAAAUAUAUUUUUAUAAUUCAAA